AUGGUAGCAGCUAACGGCAACGGCAAUUCCUUCACCGAGCAGGUUGAUACUAAUAUUAUCACCCUUACUCGGUUCCUUACGGAAGAGCAAGUCAAGCACAAGGAGGCCACCGGAGACUUCACCCUUCUCUGCCAUGCGCUGCAAUUUGCCUUCAAGUCGAUUGCCUACUACAUCCGGAGGGCGACCCUGGUCAACCUGACCGGUCUGGCCGGGUCAGCCAACACUACCGGUGACGAACAAAAGAAGUUGGAUGUCAUCUCAAACGAGUUGUUCAUUGAGGCGAUGCGGUCAUCCGGGAGGGUCGCCCUGCUGGUGUCGGAGGAGGAAGAGAAUGUUAUCUUCUUCAAGCAGGGACCGCACGCGCGGUACGCGGUAGCUUGCGACCCCAUUGAUGGCAGCUCCAACUUGGACGCCGGUGUGUCCGUCGGCACUAUCUUCGGCAUCCACAAGCUGGCUGAGGGCUCGCGUGGUGUCAAGGAGGAUAUCCUCAAGCCUGGUACGGAGCUCGUAGCCGCCGGUUUCACUAUGUACGGCGCCUCGGCUCAGCUUGUCAUCACGAUGAAGGGCGGCUCGGUCAACGGCUUCACUCUGGACAACGGCCUGGGCGAGUUCAUCCUGACGCACCCCAACAUGAGGAUUCCGCGUAAGCGUGCGAUCUACUCGGUCAACGAAGGUAACUCGCUUUACUGGGAGGAUCAUGUCAAGGCCUACUUUGAGUCGCUCAAGCAGGCCCAGCCUGACAACGGGAAGCCCUACUCGGCACGCUACAUCGGCAGCAUGGUUGCCGAUGCCUACCGUACCCUGUUGUACGGCGGUAUCUUCGCCUAUCCGGCGGACAAGAAGAGCCCGAAGGGUAAGCUGCGCAUCCUCUACGAGUGUGCGCCCAUGGCCAUGGUGUUUGAAAAUGCCGGCGGCCAAGCGGUUGACAGCAACAUGAGGAGGAUGCUGGAGGUUGUGCCCCAGGACAUCCACGACAAGUCUGGUAUCUUCUUGGGCAGCUACGACGAGGUCGAGAAGGUCAAGGAGUUCUAUAAGAAGAAGGAUGAGCUGAAGCAAAAGCAGUAG